CUGAUAAGGUUUAUGUGAUUGAAUGGCGCGACACAAAAAAAAUGCCUCUUGGUGGUUGGAAUUGCUACCACGGCAAAGUGUUAGCAGUAUCUCAUUCCAUAAAAAUUUUAGAAAAAAAAAUUGACAUCAUGGAUGGUGUACGGUCUCCCAGACGAAUAGUUUGCGAAGUAGAUAUAGAAAAUGUAACUGCAUCAACUUCUAAUAGCAAAGAUGAUGCAAGGAUUGAGACCAAUAAUGCUGAACUUGAAUGUCAGAAUCCAAAGAAAAAAUUACGAUUCUCAACAGAUGAAGAUGACAUCCAAUUUAUUGAAUCAACGCCUGAUGAAACUGCUACAGAUCCAGUAAGCAUACUUAGAAUGUUUGUGUUUGGGAGUUAG